GGUCACACUGGCGCGCACAGCUGUUUUAGUGCCUCCAUUUCCAUUAAAUUAUACAAUUGUUGGCGUUUUUCGACGCCUAUAUCGCGAGUUGCAGGAAAGAUCGGUGAAAAAUGGUUGCUGGUGGUGCCUCAGAUACGGGCGGCGUAAAGCCGAUGACCAUUGCGGGUCGCAUGGUGCGGGAGCGGGAACGCUUGAUCGGCAUGUCGCCCGAUGAGCGCGCCUGGCGCAAACAAUGGUUGAAGGACCAGGAGCUGCACCAUGGACCCCGAAAGGUGCCGGCUCUGGAACUCGAACUCAACAAUCCCAUCAAGCGGUUCUAUCGCGCCCCACUAGACAAGGUCUGCAACGUCUUGGAACCCGUCCUGGGCUUCCAGCGGGCAUUCACCGUGCGCUACUGGACCGGUAAGGCACUCCUCGCCCUUACCGGAAUCUACGCCGGCGCCUACUACUUCAAGUACAACCAGAAUGACUGGACCCGAAAAGGUGGCUGGCGUGUCAUCCACUCCCGCAAGGCUUGCGUACCCGGAGACGAGGGCUAUCCCAAGGUCUCAGAUCGCUCUGCGCCAUCCGAUUACGCUGCCCGCGGAUUCAAGGAGUCGCCUUUAUAAGCUGAUGAUCAUCUUCGAGCUCGCUUAGUGAUUUUUCUUAAGUUUGAAACGUAAAUUAAUAUUAUCAAAACAAAAAUCGCAAUAAAUAUGGAAACGAAAACACA